CGCCAUUUCUGAUUUCUCUCUUUUACCUCCUCAUUUGUCAAACCUCUUAUCUUUAAUGAAUUCUGAUUCCGCCACUUUCCAUCUUCUCAUUUUAAAGCUCUAAUUAUACACCUAUAUCUAUAUAUAUAUAUAUAUAUAUAUAUAUGUAUAUAUAUACGCUCAUUUCUUCCUUAUUCGAUGUGUCGUUUAUUGUUUUUUCUUUUUUCUUUUAAUCUGUUUAUUUCUUUCUAUUGGUGAACCCGAAAAUGGUGAGUUAUUUAAAGUUUUGAUCUUCCGUACGAACGCUGCCGUUCCUCUGUUUCUCAAAUAAUUUACUAUCUUUUUGAUCUGUUAAGUUGUUUCUCUAUUUCUUGAUCCCACAGAAACGGCUACGAUAGCUUUGUUUCUGUUGUUUAACGACUCCUAUUUCUGAUCUCCGUAAUUUGCUUUUCUUUUCUUUUUUUAUUGUUCUCUCUCAAUGCAGUCGUUUUUGGCUUACAUAAUUACAUGAUGGAAUAAAAAAAAAUUGGAGUGAUCUAUUUGAUUAGUUGAUUUGUGAUUGAUCUUUGAAUUUAUUUCGCAGUUGAUUUCCGAAAGUUCUGUAUUUAGUCCCGGGGAGGAGGGUGUUUAUAGUAACGUGGCAAUGCGGGGACGACACGCCGAUGCUUAUUCCAUGUAUAAGCGUGGCACCAGAGAUUAUAUCAAUGCCUAUGACAAAGAGCCAGGUUCAGGUACGUUCACUGAGUGGAGUGAUCAAAGAUAUUGGAAACCCCUUUAUAACCUUUUAAAAAAAUGCAAAUUAUAUGAAGCUGAAAGCUUUGCUUUUGUUUUAUGUUAUGGUUUUUUAUGUACGUUCACUGAAUGGAGUGAGUAAAGAGAUUGGAAACCCUUCUUGGAAGCGAUCAUUCUUGUAUAUACUCGUGGCAUCCUUAGCUUCCUUCUUAUACGGUUACCAUCUUGGAGUAAUUAAUGAAACGCUAGAAAGUAUUUCAAAUGAUCUUCAUUUUAAUGGGAAUACCAUGGCUGAAGGUUUGGUUGUAAGCAUAUGUUUAGGGGGGGGCUUUCUUGGAUCAACGUUCAGUGGUUUGAUAGUGGAUAGGGUUGGGUUUCGCAGGGCAUUCCAGCUAUGUGCUUUACCUAUGAUAAUUGGGUCUUCAAUGAGUGCAACAGCAAAAAACCUUUGGGGUAUGCUUUUAGGGAGGUUAUUUGUUGGGACUGGAAUGGGUCUUGGCCCAACGCUUGCAACUCUUUAUGUGACAGAGGUUUCUCCUGCUUAUGUAAGAGGCACAUAUGGAAGCUUCACUCAGAUUGCAACAAGCCUAGGAUUGAUGAGUUCUCUGUUAAUUGGAUUCCCUGCUAAGGAAACUGAGGGUUGGUGGCGCAUAUGUUUCUGGGUAUCUGCUGUUCCUGCUGCUUUACUUGCUCUUUUUAUGGAAUUUUCUCCAGAGAGUCCCCAUUGGCUUUUCAAGAAAGGAAGAGCUGCUGAUGCUGAAGCUGCAUUUGAGAAACUUUUAGGAGGACCAUAUGUCAAAGGUGCAAUGGCUGAAUUGUCGAAGUCAGAGAGAGGGGGUGAAGCAGAAACAGUCAAAUUGUCAGAGCUACUUUUUGGUCAUCAUCGUAAAGUUGUUUUCAUUGGGUCUACUCUUUUUGCUUUACAACAGCUUUCUGGUAUAAAUUCUGUUUUCUUUUUCUCGUCAACCGUCUUUAAGAGUGCUGGUGUAUCCUCACAGUCCGCAAACAUAUGUGUGGGGAUUGCCAAUUUCUUAGGAUCAUUUGCUGCAUUGCUUUUGAUGGAUAAACUGGGAAGGAAGGUACUUCUCAUCGGAAGUUUCUCGGGCAUGAUAGUCGCAAUGGGUCUUCAGGCAGCUUCAGCUAGCUCCUUAGUCUCUAGCAGCAAUGAAGUUUAUCUAUCUGUUGGAGGCAUGUUGUUGUUUGUCUUGGCCUUUUCUGUGGGUGCUGGACCAGUCCCUAGUCUCCUCCUAUCAGAAAUGUUUCCGGGCCGGAUAAGGGCGAAGGCAAUGUCAGUUUGCUUGGCUAGUCAUUGGGUGGUAAAUUUCUUUGUGGGUCUGUUGUUUUUGCGGUUACUGGAACAGAUAGGACCAUUAGUCCUGAAUACAAUUUUCGCCACCUUCUGUUUGGUGGCAGUAAUUUUUGUGAAGAGAAACGUGUUGGAAACUAAAGGAAAAUCACUUCAAGAGAUCGAAAUCACCCUUCUUCCACCAGAGUAGAGGUUUAUCAGUUUCAUCUAAUUCUCUGAACCAUUGUGAACAUAGCAUAUUAAGAGUUGCUAAGCAUUUAAGCAGUUCCAUUCACCCAUGUCUCUUUCACUGAAUCAUGUCUGAAACCAAUAUGAAGAUACAAACUCCGGUAAAUGAUGUUGUAGAUGGAGUAAUGGGAAGAAAACAAUGCAUGCAUCAGGUGCUUACUCUGCAAGGCUCAUAAUGUGUAUUCUAAGAAUGUUUUCUUAUUGUAGUUUUUUUCUUGCUAACUGGACAUUUCCUGAUGGAAUUAUUAAUGUGGUAUUAUACAUAUAACAUGGCUUAUACUGUUUUUGAGCUUCAACAUAAGUAAAUCCAUGAUUGAUCCUCACUUUUGAGUUGGGUACUCCGAUGCUUUGUUUGUCAGUAAUAGUGAAGGAUCACAGUCAUAGUCGGUUAAGAAAUGUUAGUUAGCCGAGUCAGUGAGCUGAAAUUGUUGUAACUGAUAUAACGAAUGUAACGUUUACAUAAGUUCUUUGAUAUAAUUUUCUUGCA